GGCGCGCGAUACCGCCCACUCCCCCAUCCCAGCGGCACCUCCCAAAAAUACUCGGCUUCUCGCACUCCACGGAUUCCUUAUUGGCACUCCCUCUGGCCCUCUCGCCGAGCUGGAGUUUGGCUCGCACAUCCAAAGGACAGUAGCCGCGGGGGAGGAGGGGAGGACUGAGGACGUUUUGCACUCGAUAUCGGUGUUAAAUAAGGGGUGAUUAAGCAUAAUGGACAAGCCACACCUUCUGAACUUCGGCUCUGACGGAGGAGGAGUAGGAGGAGGAGGAGGAGGCCCAGUGGGGGGAGUCGUCCCAGGAGGCGACUACACCCAGAUUGCCAGCUCGGACUCCGAUGACUCGCGCUCCAGCAUCUCGCGUUCGGAUGAAAACGAGACCGUCCCUUGCAUCAUCUACACGUCGGACGAUUCGGCCGACGUGGGCCAGUCUGACAGCACCUGUUGCAUUGACUCAGAAGGGAUGGACUACAUUGCUCAUAAUGUGCAUCAGAUCCAGCCACAACCUAGAAUUCAAGAUGACGAAGGGUCUAGGCGUUUAUUGCUAGAUUCUGGAUGUCCAAGCCCUCAGCCGUCACCCCAGGCAGACCCAAUGUUCUCCGUUUCCCAUCCUCUGUCUGCUAUAACCUUCAGUACAGGCUCUGAUCCCGAACUCGGUGUAGGAGCUGACCUGGGGUUACAAGAGGACACCGGCACAAAAAUCAUUCCGCCUGGAUCCCAGCUGGUGGUUGGAAACAAUGACUGUAAUUAUGAAAGGAGCACCAGCGUCUCCUCAGAUUCCUCAGGGUCCUCACCUGAAGUACAGGUUCCUCUUCUGCCCGAAUAUCAUCAGCUGCCCAACUUCACAGAUUUUCCAGAGAUUCAGUAUGAGCCCCUUACAGAUGGUGCCAACAUUGCCAACAAGAAAUUGCAUGAUCCUCUUGACAUAUUUGUGGAUGUUUUGGAAAUCGUAAACAAGAUUCAGCCACAUCUUGGCCGCUGCAUGGUAGGGGAUGACGUGCACAUCAGCGCCAAGUACAAGGACGCCUUCUACGUCAAGUGGAACUGGAACCGAAUCCGUCACUCUUGUGUGCUCCUAAACAUGUCGGUCCUAAUAUGUCUCUUGUGCAUAGGCAUUGGGCUUCUUAUUCAGAUGCCAAAAGGGUCGGAAUGCAAUCCGUCUCACAUGUGGUGGCAGGGGUCAGUCAUGUACGAGGUAUAUGUUCCAAGCUUCCAGGACACAGACAAUGAUGGCAUUGGUGAUCUGACAGGUGUCUUGAAUCGAAUUGAUUAUCUAAAGAACAUAGGUAUCAAGGCAAUCAGACUGAACUCAGUCCUGGAAACAAGGGAUUACCUACACAGCCACACCCCCAUCACCAACUACACUGCUGUUGAUCCAAUAUUUGGAAGCAACAAGGAUCUCCACCUCCUGGCCGCUGUACUCCAUGAGAAGGACAUGUACCUGCUGAUGGACAUUCCUCUCACUUCUAAAACUAACCCUAACUUAGGAGCUGAUGUAAAUCAUACAGUUGUGCCAGUGAGUGAGACAAAUGUCAGGCAAUUGCCUCUCUCACACAUCUCAGAAGUUUUACAUUACUGGUUAUCCCUUGGAGUCGAUGGUUUCUUUUUCCCAGACAUCACUAAGUUUAUAAACGAUCCUGAGCUUCUGAAUGCCAUGCAUGAGUGGCGGAAUACCCUUGACCACUUUAGUCAUGGCAUAGAGCACAGGGUCAUGAUGGUGCCACUUGACCUACUCUCUAGCCUCAAAAUGUCAAAUUUGAUGCAUCUUGAUCGUGUCUUGAACCUUGUGGACUUGAUUGAUGCUCCAGUGGAUCUCACAGGGUCAGCCCAGACCAUACCAGAAGUCCUCAACUCCACCACUGCCUGGGAUGCUCACGCCUCCCUGCCCUGGAUCAACUGGAACAUGGGUGGAAUCUGGAGGGAGCGUGUCAGUGACCUCACGCAUAAUCAUCCUCUUGGCAGGACCUUCCUCUUGCUCUUCUUCCCAGGGACCAUAACUCUCUACUAUGGAGAUGAAAUUGGGCUCUCAAAAGCAUCAAAGGAUAGUGGAUGGUCAUCUAUUAUGCAAUGGAAUGAAAAUGUUAAUGCAGGAUUCAGCUCUGCAAAACCUUGGCAAAGUCUUAGCAGAGGUUGGGAGAAGGGUAAUGUUGAUGCUCAGAAUAAUACAAUUGCUGCACUCAAAGCAAUGGUCACUGCUCGACAGGAAAAGGUCCCUAUGUACAUCAAUGGAAUCUUUGACUAUAAGGGUGACUAUCAUCCAACUAAGACUGCAAAUUACAGGGUCCGCUAUGCUGAUACUGACCUUAUUGUCAUCGACCGUUUCUUUCCCCGUCGGAAUCAGUUCGCGGUUGUGGCAAAUCUCGGGCAGAAUGUCCUCACCAAAGACCUAUCCCACCUCUAUUUCGGGGGCUCAGUUUUAGCCUCUUCGCAUGGCCACUCAGGAUACGUCAAGUUCCGCAGCAUCAGUCUCCAACCUGGGGAGGCACUUGUGUGUAUAUUAGACUUAUAGUUACCAUUGCUGAUUAUUUAUAUAGUUCAGGUUGAAUUUCUAUUUUGAAGUUUAUUAUCUGAAGAUGUAUAUUUAAAGAAAAUAAAAGCCUGCCAUGUGAUGGUAGUUUUAUGUUAUGUUAUAAUGAUUAUGUCAGAGUUCUUAGAUAUGAUAAGUGUAGUAGUCUUUAACGAAGCAGUUUUGUAAGGUUUCCGUACUUAAAGAGUACAUGUGAUAUAUUAUUUAGUAUAUCUUAGGCUUCAGUUAAUGGUAUGAAGAGGUAGAGUGGAAUAGUCUAAGAGGGGACUCUGUAGGUGCUAAUUUACAUUGAAAUUUGGCUUUGGGAAGAAAUGCUGUUAUAUAUACAUUCUCUUUAUUUAAUGAUGUAUGAUUCUUUCAACAUCUCUGUCUGGGAUUUGAAAGCCAUAAGUAUUUCUAGUCAGUGUAGGUGUUGAUCCUGACAGAAUCUCUUAUAUUACUCAUGAUGAUAAUUAAAAGAUUAAAAAGAUAAAAGUGUUAGAUGCCAAUGUCUUAGAUUGUUUCUACAUGUGUUUGGACCUUCAGAGUUAGUAUGAACAACAAAAAACAAUCACUAAACUUUGGAAAUGCAACUCAUAACUCAGGCUGGAAAGCAUCUGCAUUGAAGAUUAAGUAAGAUUUUUUUAUAUUAUAAUUAUUAUUAUUAUUAUCAUCUUUUCUUCCCUUUUUUUCUUCAUCUACCUUAGUUUGAGGCUUUUGGGUGCCACGUGUGAUUAGGAUCCCAAUUAUUCCAAGCACAUAUGGAGAUGGUGGCCCAUAGAAUUUACCUGUAGGUCGUGGUUAUGUAUCAUUUGACAUGGGUUCAACUUAUUUAUUGUUUAUUUAGUUUUUGUGAUAACUACAUUACUGUGUAUUAAAAUGGUAAUGAGUUAAUAGUCAAAUCAAAGGAGAAAAUAUUUAUUUUGAAAUUUUCUUUUAAUAUCACACACACUCAUGCUUUUUUUUUUAAUAACCAGAAACUUGUCUGAACUUGGUGCUAGAAAUUACAACCACUAAACACAUGAAUUUUAUGGGAACUAUUACCAUCACAUUAAAAAUCAACAUUUAUGAUGUGGCAUCUAUAGGUGACUGUAUUUAUAGGAGCUGAUAAGAUCCAGUUUCUGAUCCUCUUUUAAAACCUCUUCUAUUAAUUACAGUGAAUCCUUGUAAGAUAAAUCUGUCUUCAUAGUUGCAUGACUUAUUCAGGCUCAUCACAAACUGAUAAAUAGUCACUAUUUGUUAAUUACGAAGGAAUACUAAUGAAUGGAUAAAAAGAUACUUGUACAAAGAUUAUUAUAUAUAAAGAUACUUGGUAUUUCCUUCUUUAUUUACCUGUCACAAUCAGGUGUGGACUGCUAGCUGGAAGAACCACUGUAGCAUACCUCUUACCUCUGGGUCUUAGUCAUGAUAUUGUGUCUUGUGCACAUUUUAGCCCUGACAAUCUCAUCUUCUCAGUGUCUUAUGCAGCAGAAUGCAUUAACAGAUCCAGUUUAGAGUUAAAUUUUGCCUUUUUUCAAAAAUACAUGAGAAAUAAGUAUGCAAAUGACACCUUUUUAAUAUAUGGCAUCUCAAAGCUCUCCAUUUGAGAUGGACAGUCACAGACACCACAGGAACCUUGAAGAUGCAUUCUGUGUUGCUGGACUAAAAGAGGUUUUAAGGUAUUUGCACCAAACAAAAGUAUUAAUUAAAGUGUGGUUCAGCAUAGUAGCUGAAUCAAGAAAUAAACUGAAAAAGACAGCCUUUCUUCUUGUUAUAUAUAUAGCCAGUGCAUUAUCCUAUAGCUGUGGAGAGAGAUAAUGUGUGUCAAUGAUAUGAAGUUGCAGAAGAUAUCAAGCAUAAUCAGUUCCACCUUUAUUCAAGCCUUAGUUAUUUAUGAAAAAAAAUGCAAAGAGUUAUAUACUAAGGCAUGAUAAGAACAAUUGUUGCAGUUUGUUCAUAAAUCUUGAGGCUUAAUAUUUUACUAAAAUCUAUUUAAAGUGAUGUUUAGUCUUUUGGAUAUGGUUAAUCAAACUGGAGGGCAAUCUUAUACUGUAAGAUUUCAAUCUGAUGAUUCUUUUAUGUGCUCAUAAAUCUUUUUGAUGAUACAUGAUAUCUAAAGAUUUGCUUGUGUUUUAUAUUUUUAAGAUAACAAUUAUAAAAUUACCAGUAUUAGAUCUUCAUACAAGUAAAUGAGUGUAUCAGUCCUUGUUGUGACCAAGAUAAUCAUUGAGAUAUAUAGUUCAGGGUUACUAAACCUCUUAAGCUCCCAGCCAACCAGCAAGCCCAUUUUUUGCAUUAACAUUUAGUCAUUAUUUGAACUUAUUUGAAAACUCAUCUUCAGCAAAUUUGUACAAUUCAGGACAAAAUACAAAACCCAUCAUGGAGCAUUUCAUUGCAAACAAAUUGGCAUGUUGGUAGAAUUUGAGCAAAAAGAAGAGAAGAGACUCCUUGCAAGGAAAUUGAUGUUACUGAAGGAACUAUACUAUUGUGUCUGAAUAUGUUUUGUGUUACUAAUGAUGAGCUUUAAUUCCUUUAUUUGUUAAAUUGAAGUUACAAAGUAUCCCUGAGUCGAGUAAGCAGUGUACCCUGGAUGGAUAAGACAUUGUUCCAUGUUUUGCAAUUACCACUAUCAAACAGAGUGCAUGCUGUUUGUAUGAUGAGUCAAUACUUCAUUGUUUUUUGUUUUUUUUUUGACAUUACAUGUGGGUGGGUUGCUAUUAAAGUUGGCCAAACUUUAAAUCAACAGUAUUUGAUUAUGUUUUACUAUUUGAUUACAUGUUCUUGUGUAUUAAUGCCAAUGUAUAAGCUAUGAAAAUAGUACUUUUCACAAAAAUUCAAAUAAGAAAUAUUCAACCGUAAAAGCUAUCAUUGGUUAAAGUUUUUGCAAUUUUUAGCAGUUUUAUUUAUAGUUCACAGCUUGGACUGAUAAGUAUAGGGGAAAGCACUUUUUACAAAGAGGAGUAAAGAGAGGAGGCUAUAUGCAUGUUAGUGUAUAGUGUACACUAGAUAGAAAUUUUCAGUAGUAUUCAAGGGGGCAAAAUGUGUCUCUCUUAGGAUAGUUAAUUGUGUUACAGAAGAAGGAUAGCUUUAUAAAAAGGAGUUCAAGUGAAGAAAGUAAAGUUUUCAAAAAGAAGGUACAUUGAUUUGCAAUUUUUGAAAGUCUGUUGAUGAAAUUUAAUGUCCAAAUCUGUCCACUAGAAGUAUAUGUCAGACUUCGAAGAGCAUAUACACAUAUGAGUCUUUUCUGUCCGUCCUUAAUAUAUUAAAUUAUGUCAUAUCCAACACUCCUGUUCUUACUAGGAUACCUGUUUGCAUUUUAUUUCGAAAAUAGCUUUCAUUUUCUCCCAAUAUAUCUCUAUACUUCACCUGGCACAGAUUCAGUUGUCUUUGAGUGAAAACCUGCAAGAUGGUGGAAAAUGCUCAACUCUAAAAAGAGACUAGGAAUUAUUUUAUUGUCAACAGUAUUUACUGUACUUGCUCUCAGGUAUGAAAAAGUACUUCAAACUGUACCUUAAUUUCAAUAAAUAUGGGAAUAUGUA